AUGGCAAUUCUACACCAGGAGGGCAGGGAAGAGCUCACCAAAUUGGCAGGAAACUAUUGCAACAGAGAGGAGUUCCUACCCCGCUGCGCCGCCGGGAAGCCCCGGGGGCUCGAGGAGGCGGCGGGGGCCGGCAUGGCCGGCGGCAGGCCGGGGCUGCCGGCGGGGCUCUGCGCCGCCCUGGCGCUGCUGGCGGCGGGGGCCUGGGGCGCGGGGCAGGAGCAGGGGCAGGAGGGCCGCCCCUUCGGGGAAGCCUGCCUGGAGCACUUCACCGCGGGCAUGCCGGACUUCGUGCUGGACACGGACGCCUCCGUCCAGAACGGAGCCACCUUCUUGUCGUCGCCGCGGGUCCAUCGGGGCCGGGACUGCGUGCGGGCCUGCUGCAAGGACCCCGCGUGUAACCUGGCCCUCGUGGAGCAGGGCCCGGGCGCGGGGGAAGACCACAUCCGAGGCUGCUUUCUCCUCGGCUGCCUCUACGAGCAGGCUUUCGUGUGCCGCUUCGCCAGGAAGAUCGGCUUUCUCAACUACGUGAAGAGGGACGUGUACGAUGCCUAUCUGGCGAUGCAGGAGCGGGGAUUUGGUGAUGAUCGUCCUCCGAUAGCCCGCACUGGCAUGGACAUGAAAGUACAGCCAGGUGAGACAGUGUUGCUGAGAGGCAUGGAGAGCACGGAUGACCAUGGGAUUGUCAGCUAUGAGUGGAAACAGAUCCUUGGUGACCCCUCUGUGGAGAUGAAGAAACAGGAAGAAGAUCAGGUGGAAGUUUCCAACCUACAGGUUGGGACUUACGUCUUCCAGCUUACUGUCAUGGACACUGCGCACCAGCAGGAUUUCACCAACAUCACCAUCAUGGUGCUGAAUUCUGAGCAGACUGAAGAGCACUGUUUGACUCCUAAGAAGGUGGGUCGGUGUCGAGGGUCUUUUCCACGUUGGUUUUACAACCCAAGUCUUCAGCAGUGUGAGCAGUUCGUUUUUGGCGGCUGCAAACCCAACAAGAAUAACUACUUACAGGAAGAGGAGUGUAAACUUGCCUGCAAAAAUGUUAAAGGUUCUGUUGGUGGGCGACAAGAGCCAGUAUGCGAUGGGAACUGUCAGCCCCCCACCUUCAGAUGCAAGGACGGCUGUUGCAUUGACGCCUAUCUGGAGUGUGACGAAACUCUAGACUGUGCUGAUGGAUCAGACGAGAUGUAUUGUGAACAAUAUGCUCGUGAGUUCAAUAGACUGCAGAAAAUCAAUAUCACAAAUAAAAAGGGUCACUGUGUGGAUUUGCCCGAUACUGGACUGUGCACGGAGAGCAUCCCACGCUGGUACUACAACCCAUUUGCUGAGAAAUGUGACCGCUUCACCUAUGGGGGAUGUGACGGUAACCAGAACAACUUUGGAGAAGAGGAGGAGUGCAUGAAAUCAUGUGCAGGCAUCACAAAAGCAGAUGUCAUUGGCCGGAGAUGGGAAUCAUUUGAGCACCAAAGUGCUAGCUUAAGUGCCUUUGAGGUGGUGAUCGCUGUGCUCCUUGGGAUCUGCAUCAUGAUAGUCCUGGUGAUCAUUGGCUACUUCUUCCUCAAGAGAAGGAAGAAGAAUAGCAGACACCGUCAGCCAGCCACUGCUACCAACUCAACCGUCUCCACCACAGAGGACACUACACACCUCUUUUACAAUGGUGCCACCAAACCAGUCUGACCUACAAUGUCUCUCUCUUUCUGGCCCAGCAUUGGGACACUCCCAAGAACUUUUGGAGUUUUGUCUUUAAAUACAGACUUGCACCUGAAGGACUUUUUUUUGUUAGAAGAUGUUUGUAGCAUGAGGCCAAGAUCUAGCCAUGAUUUGGCAGUACUACUGAUUGUGAUUGGCCUGGAUAACUGGCUGCUCUAGAAACUGAGAAUUUGGGAGCAUUUUGAUGCUCUCUGUCUGUCCCUUCCCAGCUUCAAGCAAUCCAGUGACAACUCUGAGUGACGUUGUUCUUCCUCCUCAAACCUGGAGCAGAACUCAGCUGUAUUACUGAAGGACCCUGGGACUGAAUUUGUGUAGCAUUCAUAUUCGUAAAAGGUACAACCUCACCAUAGCCAUCAAUUUUUAUUUGUGCAGUGCCACUUUCUUCUACCCGACCUCUUAUUUUCCUCUGUUUUCCCUAGACCUUUGCAAGGUGGCUUGCCUUCCACUAGUCUUUGUGGUCGUGGUGAGUGAGUGAGUCUCUUGUUGUGCUUCACAUAACCAGCUGUUCUGAGAGCUCUGUGACACCCUCAAGUGAUUUUUGUUCCUGAGAUGGAAGGAAACAGGGAAACUUCUGUUUUGAUCAAUAGAUUUUGUUUUUAACAGAAAAGUGCAUCUAGAUUUCUUUUUUUCUUUCUUUUCUUUUCUUGGCAUGGCUGCAUGUUACAGCCACCAUUUUCUCUUCAUGAGUUGCCCUGUGCUUUUUCAGUGUUCAGUCAAACCUUGAAUAUGUUGACAAAAUAUCUAUUUAUUCUUUAUUCUUAAGUGAAAUGAAAGGAAAUGUUCCCACUUUUCUAGCUGAUAGUAAGAGGAGAGUGGAAGGACCCAGCUCCCUCAGAGCCAGUCACAUCUCUGCUGCUGCUGUGCCAGGCAGUGAUGCCCGGUGCUCCCGAAGAGGCUGCCUGGAAACAUCCUGUCAAAGAUCUGUUUGGGGUUUGCAGCUGGGAAGUUUCCUCUGAGGGAGGAAAAGAAGGAGAGGCUUUGGGGGAGAAACACAGUGAAGGAAGAAGAGGCAAGGAGGAACUAGAGGGCAAUGGCACAUGCCUCAGGGCAGCAUCUGAAGGCAGCAUGGACCUGUGCCGGGGCGCUGAAGCUGCUCCGUGGUCCUGGCUUUGCUGCUGAGCGGGGCUGGGGGCUGCAGCUCCCUGUGCUGUCACUCUUGGUUUGCUUGUGUUUCCACCGAGCACACUGCUGCUGCCCUGUGACCUGGUAUCUCCCACCCCAGGGGCUCCCACCUCAGACAGGGGCUUCCUCGCUCCUGCUGUCCUGUCCCUUCUGGUGCAAGGUGAGACCAGCUCCUGGAGGUCCAAAGUUAAUCCCAGGCCAAGAGGCAGCAUGUGAACCCCCCCCCCCCAUCUGCGAGGUCCUAUAUGUUCACUAGUAAGCAGGGUGCUCCCCGGUUUUGUACUGCUGUUUUUCCAAAGCCCAGGCUUGUGUCUCUGGGAGCUGAAGACUUCUGUCAGGGGCAGAAGCUGCCAUUUCCAAAGUGCCUGGUAAGCUUUGUUCAGUGAGGGAUUUGCAUCGACCCCAAAUUUCCUGCACUUGCUGCUCUUAGAAAACUCCUGCCACAAAGAGAGAGGAAAGCCUUGUGUGUGUGUGUGUGUGUGUGUGUGUGUGUGUGUGUGUGCGCGCGCGUGUGUGUGUGCGCGCGCACAUGUGUCUGUGUUUGUGCACAGUGUAAGAAAGCAUAAGGAUAUGUGCAGAUUUGAGUUUAAAUAUCCAGACCGUGAUGCAUGGCCUUUCAAAGCCCAGGGUAGAGCGGCUCGGGAAGGCUGUGGUGAAGCCGUGCCCUCUUCUGCAGCAGGGCAGAGCUCAGAUCCUCUCCCGUGCAGCUCCAGGAGAGCUGCCUCUUUAGGCUGAUGCCUGGGCUGGAAGAGGAGAAACAACUACCUGCAGACCACUGGCAGUCUGACUGCAUGCUUCUCCCCUUCACCGUGCUCAUGGAAAUCUGCCUCAGUACCCCUGAGGCCAGUGAGAUACUCCAUGGCUUUUUUUGGUCUGUCUAGUGUUGUUUCUGUCAUUUCUUCAAUUUCUUUCUUUUUCUCCUCACAGCCCAUUAUGGCCUAUGUGAUAAGCCUAAAAUCUUGAUUUAUUUUUUUGUGCAUUCACUCUGAUAAUACAAGUUGUAAUAAAA